CCACGGCGAGCGCGGUGGUCGCCGGGUGUCCGAGCGGAGCGGUCCGCGGGCGGCAUGAGCGCGGCGGCGCGGACGCUGCGGGUGCCGGGCCGCCACGGCUACGCGGCCGAGUUCUCCCCGUACCUGCCGGGCCGCCUGGCCUGCGCCGCGGCGCAGCACUACGGCAUCGCGGGCUGUGGAACCCUGCUAAUAUUGGACCAAAAUGAAUCUGGGCUUAGGGUUUUCAGAAGCUUUGAGUGGAACGACGGUUUGUUUGAUGUGACCUGGAGUGAGAACAAUGAACACGUCCUGGUCACCUGUAGUGGCGAUGGCUCGCUGCAGCUCUGGGACACCGCCAAAGCCGCAGGGCCGCUGCAAGUCUACAAGGAACACACUCAGGAGGUGUAUAGUGUUGAUUGGAGCCAAACCAGGGGUGAGCAGCUUAUGGUGUCUGGCUCAUGGGAUCAAACUAUCAAACUGUGGGAUCCGACUGUUGGAAAGUCUCUGUGCACCUUCAGAGGCCACGAAAGUGUCAUUUAUAGCACGAUCUGGUCUCCCCACAUCCCUGGCUGCUUUGCCUCCGCCUCAGGUGAUCAGACUCUGAGAAUUUGGGACGUGAAGUCAACGGGAGUCAGAAUUGUGGUUCCAGCACAUCAGGCAGAAAUUUUGAGUUGUGACUGGUGUAAAUACAAUGAGAAUUUGCUGGUGACAGGGGCAGUCGACUGUAGUUUGAGAGGCUGGGACUUGAGGAAUGUGCGACAGCCAGUGUUCGAGCUUCUUGGUCACACCUAUGCUAUUAGGAGAGUGAAAUUUUCACCAUUUCAUGCUUCCGUGCUGGCCUCAUGCUCCUAUGACUUUUCUGUAAGAUUCUGGAACUUUUCAAAUCCUGACCCUCUUCUUGAAACAGUGGAGCAUCACACGGAGUUUACUUGCGGUUUGGAUUUGAGUCUUCAGAGUCCUACUCAGGUGGCUGACUGUGCUUGGGAUGAGACGAUAAAAAUCUAUGACCCCAUUUGUCUCGCUAUGCCUGCUUGAGGUACCCCACGCUGGUCAGAGACAAAGGAACAGGGUUGAAGUACCACUUAACAGGACAUAAAUUAACUAUUGAUAACAUAGACAUUAGGCUUUUAUAUGCUCUUCAGAUUUCACAUUUUAAAAAUUUACCCUGGAAUCAGUUUUGAGGCAGCUGAUAGAGACGUUGGCUCACUGUUGAAGCCUAGUACAUAAGCCAUAUCUCUUAAAACCCCAAGGAGGAUUUGAUGUUAUGAUAGAUCUUGUAGUUUCUGUUAAAAUGUAACCUCUGCAUUGUAAAAUGGAUUAAAAUACUGGAGCUCCGUAGACUCUAUUGAUAGUGACACAUUUAAUUUUUCAUUUGUCAUUUUUGAUGUAAAAUAUAAUCAUUGCUGUUGAGAAAAAUCAGAAUAAACUGCAUCUCUUGCUCAUUUAUGACGGUA